AUGCUAUCAAUUUCUCAAACAUAAAAAUCAUUAUAAGUUCACUCAUAAAAGCUAUUACAUAGAUAAAACUUAUAUUCUAGAAAUAGAACUCUUGAUAAUGUUGAAGCAAAUAAAUUAAGAGCUAAAUAUAUCAUUCAUGAUAAAGAAAGUUUGUAUGAAGAAAUUUAGAAAUUAAAAUAAGAGAACAAUUAAUUGAAAUUAACACUGAGAUAGUUUUAAUCAUAAAUUUAAUAUUUUAAAAGAGAAGUGUAAUCAAUAUCAAAGGAUGAAGGAACACCAACUAAAAGUUACUCUAGAUUAAAAUAAGGCUAUUUAGAAAAGAUUUCUAAACUCGAAGUAUUUUUGUUUUCUUAAAUUUUAGGAUGAAAAUAUCAAAUUACAACAAUAAUUAGCAGAGUAAUAAUAAUAUAUAGGAUAACUAUAAAGUCCAUUAAAUAAAAAUAAUGUUGAAAAUCUAUGUAUGUCUCUAAGUGAAGAUAAUAUGAAACUGAAUCAAUUGAUUUAAUAACAAGAGUAAUCAGUUAAUUAAGCCUAAGUAUAAAAAUGAAUGAAAUUUAGACUUAAUUCAAUAAGAUGAAUGUAAAAUAUAAUGCAAUUUUGAAUAAGUAUAAAUAGUUGAAAAACUUGAAUGCUUAAUUACUUCUAGAAAUAGCAGAAUUAAAGAAAAAGGAUACAUUGUUUCUUGAAAGACCUUAAUAGAAAGACAAUAAAAAGGUUGAGGAAUAGUUAUAAUUAGAUUUUGAUCAAGCUCUUGUUGAUUUAAGAAAUGAGAGAUAAAAAAACAAAUACUUAGAAAACACGAUGUAGAAAUUGUAAGCCGAAAAUUAAGAGUAAAUUGAUAAUCUCGAAAAAAAAUUAACUGAUCAAAAGAGAUAAUAUGAAACAUUAUAAAGAGAAUAUGAUUUAGAAAAAAUUUAAAAAUAUUAAUCAAAAAGAACAAUAAUCAUAAAAAAUAAUGGACCAUAAUAGCCAGAAGAAUAAGUAUAAUAACAAGAAGAAAAUGAAUUAUAAAAGAAGAAAAUAAUAAGUGUUGAUAAAAAUGAGAUUAUGACAAUAGCUAGAUAAGUUAAAUUGAAUCUAAUAGGAUUAAAGAUAUCACUCUAAUAAGUAGAGCAAUAUCUAUUAACUCAUGAAACCUUAAAUUAACAUCAAUUAAAAUAGAACUUGUCUAAUAGAAUAUUUGGUCUCUAAUCUCUAGAAUAAAUAGAAAUGGCAGCCAUUUAUUUAGCAGACGUUGAAAAUGAAACAGAAACAACUACAAGUGCUAGAGUCAAAAGUAUUUUUAAAACCUUAAUGGAAAAUUACUAAAUAUUGACAUCUUCACAAUUAAAUAAUAUUAACUAAUAAAUCAUGAAGAAAAAAAAUGAAAUUUCAGAUAUAUUAAUAAAGAAAUAUCCAGAAACAUAUACAAAUGGAUAUUUAAGUAUAGAUGUAAUUAUUUUAAUAAAAAUAUUUUUAGAUUUAUCUAGAGGUUUUAUAAUAGGUGGAAAUUACAUUAAAUAAAUUAGAAAUCGAUCAUUUCUAUGCUCUUAUUACUAAAUAAAAUAGACAACAAAAAAUUUUGCUUUAAUAAAUUCAUAGUCCUUUUGAUGUUAAUUAGGUUGAAGAAGAAGCAGACCAAGAUGAUUAAAAUCAAAUAAAUGAUUUUAAUAAUGAUCCAUCAAAAAAUGAAGGAUUAUCUAUUAGUGGGGUUCAUAAUAGAUAAGUACAAUAAUUAGUCAUGUUAAAUGAAAAUGAAGAAGAAAUAAAGAAAAAAAAUAGUUUAAUUCAAUAAGAAAUGAAAAAUAGCCAAGAUUACGUAGAGAACGAUAGAGAUCAAAAUUUGGAGUUAUCAAAUAUGGAAGAACAAUAACCAAAAGAUGACAAAAAUCUUAUUUAAGUUAUACAUAAUGGGGAUCCAGAUUAGAAGAUGAAUGAUUCGUAAGAAUUAGGAAAAUAAAGUUAACCUGAUUUAUAAUAAUUUUGAAUUUAAAUAAUGGAUAAUCGAUCAGAG